AUCACUUGUCCGCCGGCAAAAUUCUUUUACACCCCCGUGGUUACGUUCCAAACGCAACAACUAGUUCGGUCCCACACGAUUUAAAAUAGAGAAUAAUUGUAAAAAAUGUAUUUCACUACGCUCGGUCUCUGUAUAACGCUUCAGCUUUAAUUGUCGCUUAGUGUUUUUGUAUUGUACUUAGAUAAUUUGUCGGUUUCGCUGAAAAGAAAAUGGCGGAACGCUCUCGCGAAUAGCUCGCGUCGGAUACAUUGUAGUAGCGAGGUAUGAUAGUGAGGACUCUCUGAUUCGGACCGCGUCAGUGCAAGGACGAAGGAAAUCGAUAGUAUGCUGAGUCGUCUGUAGUUUGUUCGGGCUGGUUGGUUGAUCUAGUACAUGCCAGCGGGGAAUAAGGUGUAGGCUACCCUCAACGAAGCCGCCAUGACCACGGAGACGGCUACGCCGAAUCAGGCGGACGCCAGCACCGCAUUUCUGCGCGCCGCACGCGCAGGUCAAAUCGACAAAAUCAUCAGCCUGCUAGAGCAAGGAGUUGAUAUCAACGUUAGCAACGCUAACGGUUUGAAUGCCAUCCACCUUGCGUCCAAAGACGGGCAUGUAGAAGUAGUCCGGGAGCUACUCCAGCGAGGCGCAGCCAUUGAUGCUGCCACCAAGAAGGGUAACACAGCCCUCCACAUCGCCUCCCUGGCUGGCCAGGAGGCCGUGGUCCGCCUGCUCGUACAGAACGGGGCUCAAGUAAACAUCCAAUCCCAAAAUGGCUUCACCCCACUGUACAUGGCCGCGCAAGAAAACCACGACGGAGUGGUGAAGUUUCUGCUCGCUAAUGGAGCCAACCAAAGUCUGGCUACGGAGGAUGGUUUCACACCCUUGGCUGUUGCAAUGCAGCAAGGCCACGAGAAAGUUGUGGCAGUUUUGCUUGAAGCUGAUACCAGAGGACGGGUCCGCUUACCAGCUCUUCACAUCGCAGCCAAGAAAGACGAUGUUAAGGCGGCCAAUUUGUUACUAGAGAACGAACACAACCCUGACGUGACGUCAAAGUCCGGUUUCACACCCCUACAUAUAGCUGCGCAUUACGGCAACGAGGCGGUAGCGAGGUUACUACUUGCUAAGGGGGCAGACGUGAACUGUGCAGCUAAGCACAACAUAUGCCCACUGCAUGUUGCUGCGAAGUGGGGAAAAGAUAACAUGGUGUCCCUGCUAUGCGAUAAUGGCGCGAACGUAGAGGCCCGCACUCGAGACGGCCUCACUCCACUGCACUGCGCCGCCAGAUCUGGCCAUGACAGAGUCGUGGAGGCUCUGUUAGACAGAGGAGCACCUAUCACCAGUAAGAGUAAGAACGGUCUGGCGCCACUGCAUAUGGCGGCGCAGGGAGACCACUCAGACGCCGCGCGAGUGCUGCUCGCUCGCAGGGCUCCGGUAGAUGACGUCACUGUGGACUACCUCACUGCACUGCAUGUAGCCGCUCAUUGUGGGCACGCUAAAGUCGCUAAACUUUUAUUGGAUCGGAAUGCUGAUGCUAAUGCCAGAGCUCUGAACGGCUUCACUCCUCUGCAUAUAGCCUGCAAAAAGAACAGGAUUAAAGUUGUUGAAUUGUUGCUGAAGUAUGGUGCAAGUAUCCAGGCAACCACAGAGUCUGGGCUAACACCGCUCCACGUAGCAUCGUUCAUGGGUUGCAUGAAUAUCGUGAUAUACCUGCUGCAGCAUGAGGCCAACCCUGACGUACCCACAGUGAGGGGAGAAACUCCUCUGCAUUUAGCUGCUAGAGCCAAUCAGACGGACAUAAUCCGCAUACUCCUACGCAACGGAGCAGCCGUGGAGGCUAAAGCCCGCGAGCGGCAGACACCUCUCCACAUCGCCUCCCGCCUGGGCAAUGUCGACAUUGCUGUACUGCUGCUGCAGCACGGCGCUGACGUCCGCGCGAACACAACUGACCAUUACAACGCGCUGCACAUUGCGGCGAAACAACACAAUCAUGAUGUGGCGGCUGCUUUGAUUGAACAUAAUGCGCCAUUGACUGCUACCACCAAGAAAGGGUUCACUGCUUUACAUAUAGCGGCUAAAUAUGGCAACCUUAAGGUGGCAAAUCUUCUUCUUGCAAACGGCGCAUCACCAGACCAGGCAGGCAAGAAUGGUAUGACCCCUCUGCACGUUGCAGCCCAGUACGACCAGCAGGCUGUGGCUAACACAUUGUUGGAGAAAGGAGCUGAUGCUAAGGCAAUCGCGAAAAACGGUCACACCCCACUGCACAUCGCGUCUCGCAAGAACCAAAUGGAGACAGCGGCGACGUUGCUGGAAUACGGCGCGCUUACCAACGCGGAGUCUAAGGCUGGAUUCACGCCAUUACAUUUGGCGGCCCAACAGGGUCACGCGGAAAUGUGCUCGCUGUUGCUGGAGCAAGGUGCUGAAGUAGACCAUCAGGCUAAGAAUGGUCUCGCUGCUCUACAUCUCGCCGCGCAGGAGGACAGAGUACCUGUAGCCCAACUGCUGGUGAAAAAUGGAGCACAGGUGGAUAUCUGCACUAAAGGCGGGUACACACCGCUGCACAUCGCCAGCCACUACGGACAAGCUAACAUGGUGCGCUACCUGCUGGAGAAUGGUGCAUCAAUAAAGGCACAGACUUCUCAUGGCUAUACCGCCUUGCAUCACGCAGCACAGCAAGGGCAUAUCAACAUCGUCAAUAUUCUAUUGGAACAUAAAGCUGACGCCAAUGCUACAACUGUGAACGGCCAAACACCUCUCGACAUAGCCUCAAAGCUCGGCUACGUGACCGUGAUGGAGACACUCAAGGAAGUAUCAGAACCAUCGUUGGCACCAGCGUCGCAAGACAAGUACAAAGUCGUCGCACCAGAAACUAUGCUGGAGACGUUUAUGUCAGAUUCGGAGGAGGAAGGAGGUGAAGAUACUAUUCUCAACGACCAGCCGUACAGAUAUCUGACAGCCGAUGACAUGAAGUCGCUUGGUGACGACUCCCUCCCGAUAGAUGUGACCAAGGACGAGAGAACUGAAUCCGCUAUGAGCCACAAGAAUAUAAUGGAAAUUUCUCAAGGAUCUGUGAACGGGCUUGGCUUCCAGCCCCAAAGCGAGGUGGUGGUUAAGAGUAUCAGCCGGUACAGCACUGCGCAUGCGCCAGAAGGCUACUGUUAUAACGUCGACCCAACACUGCCCAAGAAAAAGUUGCAAUGGAAGAAUUUCCUGGUAUCGUUCCUCGUGGACGCGCGUGGUGGGGCGCUGCGCGGGUGCCGCGGCGGCGGCGUGCGCGUCAUCGUACCGCCUCUGUCUGCCCAGCAGCCUACGCGGAUUACUUGCAGAUACUUGAAGCCAUCUCGUAUAAACCACAUGCCGCCACUGAUGGAGGGAGAAGCUCUAGCAGCAAGAGUAUUGGAGAUGGGACCUGUGUCUGCCAAAUUCUUGGGGCCUGUAAUACUAGAAGUACCUCAUUAUGCAUCGUUACGCGGCAAAGAGCGCGAGAUUGUGAUACUCCGGUCGGACAACGGCAGCAGUUGGCGGGAACACAACGCUGAUGCGACUGAUGACGUCGUACAGGACAUAUUGAAUGAGACGCUAGAAAUAGAAGAUACAAGUGAAGAAGAGAGAAGCUGGGAGGCAGCGCGUGUCACACGUAUAUUGACUCACGACUUCCCACAGUAUUUCGCUGUGAUAUCGCGUAUACGACAGGAGGUCCAUGCUAUUGGACCAGAAGGUGGCAUGGUAUCCAGCUCGGUAGUCCCGCAAGUCCAGGCCGUCUUCCCGCAAGGUGCUCUCACCAAGAAGAUAAAAGUCGGCUUACAGGCUCAGAUCAUUGAUUCUGAGCUGACUGCCAAACUAUUGGGCAGAGGAGUUGCUGUGUCUCCUGUAGUGACAGUGGAGCCAAGAAGAAGGAAGUUCCACAAGGCGAUAACACUGAGCAUGCCUGCUCCCCGACCGCACACCCAAGGGAUGACGAACCAGUACAGCACGUCAUCAGCGCCAACAUUACGAUUACUUUGCUCCAUAUCAGGGGUAUUUCGCAAAAGAUCUCUCGAAGGAGGAACAAACCGCGCCCAUUGGGAAGACGUAACGGAGAAUACACCAUUAACAUUCGUCAACGAUUGCGUCUCUUUCACCACAACCGUGUCUGCUCGAUAUUGGCUUAUCGAUUGCAGGCACAUUGAAGAUGCUACAAAAAUGGCAACAGAGUUAUACAGGGAAGCGAUACACGUACCGUUCAUGGCGCGCUUUGUGGUAUACGCAAAACGUACAGAUGAAUGCCAGGCACAGCUGCGAAUGUUCUGUGUUACUGAUGAUAAUGAGGACAAAACUCUGGAGCGUAUAGAGCGCUUCAUACAGGUCGCUAAGAGUCGAGAUGUUGAGGUACACGAAGGUAAACCAAUAUACCUAGAAUUCGGCGGCAACCUGGUGCCAGUGGCCAAGUCUGGUGAACAACUCUCCAUACCAUUCAGGGCGUUCCGCGAAAAUCGUGUAGCGUUCCCCGUUAUGAUCAAGACGCAGGACUUGGAGCCGAUCUGUCGCUGCCAGUUCAUGAGAGAUCCUAAGGUUCCGAAAGGAGAGCCGUCACCAACACCGAUUGCCGUGCUUAACAUCAUGGUGCCAGAUGACGUCCCAGCAGAAAGAAUAUCACCAGUGCAAUCGGACACAUUGCCACGACGUACUGAAGAGCAGGAGUUAAUUUGGAGACAGAGACUCAGUGAUCCCAGGCUUGAAGACAUCUGCACCCUGCUAGGAAAAGACUGGGUAGCGCUUGCUUACGAACUAGGAGUAAGUGUCGCUACGGUUAACCAGAUUCAAGCUAAACGCAUCACAGCAGCAGAGCAGGCCCAAUUGAUGCUUAAAUUGUGGAAAACCCAAUCCGGAACUAAGGCUCAAGAUAACUCGUUGGAGUUGGCAUUAUGUCGUAUCGGAAGAGAUGAUAUUAUUGCGCCUCAGUCAGAAGGUACUAAUGAGAGACGUAUCCUACGUAAUAUUUAUCAAGAGAGACAAGCCUCUGAAGAAAUUGAGGCUUACAAAGCUGAAGAAGACAAUAAACUUAAAGAAACAAUAGAUGACAGUCAGAUAUCAGAACGCAUGCGCACUGAGGAUCUGGACCAAGAUGAGGCUAAGUACUCUCCGGAAGAGAAAUCUGUUAUCGAUAAGAGUGAGGUUGAAAGAACACCUACACCUAGUGAAGAAAGCGAAGAAGAUGAAGAUGUUAAACGUAGCGUUGCAGAAAGAAAACAACAAAUAACAAAAAAAUUAAGCUCUAGUAAAAUACCGGCAUCGAAACAAAAGAAGGAAAUAAGAGAAGAAAUAAUUGAAAUUAAAACACAAAUAAAACCUGACAUAAAGAAAUUUCAAGAUAUAGAACAACAAGUAAAAGAAAAGGAACCUAAAUUAGAGAGAACACGUUCCAAAACUUCUCCUGAAACUACUGAAAUUGAAGAAAGUGAAGUUGUUAAAGAGGUUCGAGAGGAAAAGAAAGAAGAAACGAAGGAACAUAAGGUAGAACAAUUCAGAAAAUUCGACCCAUCGUCACCGGCAAAACCAACACCUAAACAUUUGCAAAGGCAUAUGCGUAAUGAUUCCAUGCGUUUUCCGUCCGGCGAUUUCUCAAAUAUAGUUAUUACCCCGAAAAAAUCUUUAACAUCAGAAACUAUUGAAACAAAAUCGAUGGAAACGAAAGAUACGUAUUCCAAAGACAUUAUUUCCCAAAAGGAAAUUGAUAGCGCAAGAGUUGCUGAAAAACUUGAAGAUGGAGAAAAGUCACCUGAACUCGUUAUGGAAGAGAAAGAUGUUGCAGAAGCUACUUUAAAGGAUAAAAUAAGUGUAUUUGAGACUAAGAUAUCGAAGGAACCACAAAUUGAUACUACAAAAACUAUCAAAUUAACUAGAGAAGCUUUGAAAAAGCACACAAUGGAGCAUGAUCAAGCUGUAGAAUAUACUCAAGAAUUUGUAAGAGAACAGGCAAAACAAAUGGAAUCACAACAAGAAAUAGAAACACAAGAAAUUCACAAAGUAUCUAUUGAAUCCACAAAACAUACGGAGGUUGUAAAAUCUGUUAAAGAGACAAUACAACAAUUUGACUCCAAAAUUAAAUUCGAGGAUAAAUCAAAAUCAUUUACGAAAUCGGCUAGGACGGAUUCAACAAUUGUUCAAGUAUCUUCUGAAGAGGAUAGUGAAUUUUUAAAGAAAUCCACAGAUUCGGAAACGGAAACUGAAUCCCAAACUACUAUUAAAGCUGAGAAAGAUAAAUUAAGAAAGAUUGAUCUUGGGAAACAAAUUUUUGAUAAAAAAUCAGAAUUGAAAAAUGGUCUCGAUAAAAAAGACGAUCAUGACAAGAGAGAUGAUGACGAUAGAAAAGGUGCAGGAGCUAUUUCUUUUAGAGGGAAAACUUUAGAAAAGCAAUUAACUGAUGAGCUGCGAAGUAAAGUAAGUGAUGAAGAGAUCACAGAAACAUUUGAAGAAAAGGAUGUUUCUAUAGAUGAUAGGUCGAAGGAAAAGAUUGAAACUCAAUCAAUAACAAGUGCGAAAUCGGAAAUAAGUAAAACCAAAACAGAUUCUCCAGGCUCUGAAAUACAAAGUAAAUUAACACAAGAGUCCCCAUUACCAUCAGCAGCUGAAAAAGGAGAUUCGCUGGCGGACUUACAACAAAGUACUGAAAGGGACAUUAGUUUUGUAUCACAAACAGAAUCCAAGGUCUAUUCUAAGCACAGAAGCGAUUCGUUAGAUGAAUCGUCACAGUUUUCUGAUUUGGAAGAUCAAAUCGGAAUGAGUCCCGCUCAUAAACCAACACUAGACAAACAAGUGGAGGAGCCGGAAGAUGAGAUAUCUAUAAUGAAGCUUGAAUCGUCUAAAACUCAAACUCAAGAAUUUUUACAAUAUGAGACUGAAUACACCUCGCGUAGUCAUAUCAGUACAGUUAGUCAGAAGGAACCCGAAAAGGUUCCUCCAAAAGAAUCGCCUGUUAUAAGCGCAAAAGCUCGCCAAUUUAUAGAAACGGUCCCAGAAGAUGAUUCAGUUCAAGAAUGUUUCUUCUCAAAGCGUAUUUACUCAGACUCUCUUGAAGAUUCUGAACAUACAGAUUCAAGGCGUCAUUCAGAAGCGGAAUCUUUAAAAUCAGAUCAGUCUGAUAUGAAAGCAAAGGUUUCAUCAUCUGAUUUUGAUGAAAGAGCAGAGUAUGAAGAAACCGCUGACUCAGGAAGUGGUUUCGGUGAUGAGAAAUUUGAAGAAAGUGUUGGAUUUACAUCUAUGAGGAUAGAUCCCAAAACCAUCGAUUCCGAUAAACAAAGUACAGAAACAAGCGAAGAAAAGGAAGCAGAUGUAAUAUUUAAGAAAGUAACGCCAAAAAGACAUUCGAGAACUGAAUCCGUUUCAAUAUCUAAAUUGAGUGAUUUAAUACCUGAUUCUGAAUCGAAAAAAUCAAAACAAGAGUUUCAGAUGUUUGUAACUGAAGCUGAGGAGAUAGACCGCUCAUUCGAAAAAGAUGAAGCGUCUGAUAAAAUUUCUUCAGAGAGCAGUCGAGAGAUUGAAAUUUCUGAUAGAAAAUCAUCUGAAGGUAUCUCUGAUAGGAUAAGUUCAGAAGAUGCUGUAACUGAUAAAAAAACUUCAUCCGAAGAAGAAGGACAAAAAAUUUGUGACCAUGCUCCAGAUGUAACAGAAGCCACAAAAUCUGUUAAGGAAAUGAUAAAUGAUUUUGAUAAAACAGAUAUUUCCAUUGACAAAGAUGCAAAACGGCAAUCUAUAGUAUCCGCUGAGUCGGGAUCCGUAGGUGAACUUCGUUUAGAAGAAAAACGGCCAUCAGAUGCUCGAAGCUUAACAGAAUCAAGAGACUACACAUUUGAAGAAUCCGAAGACGAUAUCAGAACGCAAGGAACUCACGUUGAUAUUGCGAAAGAUAAAGUCGAUGUAAAAGAAGUUGAAAGCAAGAAGUCAUUGGGCAAAUCUGACGCGUCUAAAAUUGCAAAACUUACGCAUGGCGAUUCACUUGAUGACGUGGAAGCUUUCCCUGAAGAUCAUGUCGCUGACUACGUUCACAAACUUCCUCAUAUUGCUGAGAUCAGUUCUGAUAAAUUGAUAACGGAUAAAUUUUUAAGUAACGAACGCGAACAACAGUCAAUACGAGAGACUAUUCAAAUCAUAACAAAACCUUCAAAAUCAACUUCUUUAGACACAUCUUCAGAAAUAAAACCCGAUACUCAAACAAAAGAACCCACCAGGAAAGGAAUAAUUGAAGAAAAAGAUAGUCAAGUAACUGUUACUUCUAUGUCAUUUAAAGAAGACGUUGGCGUGACAAAAGAGCCCACUAAAAAGUCAACUGAUGCCGAUGAAACCUUAUCAGUAGACGUGGAAACAAAAACAGGAACGUCUGGAGAAAUUAUUACAAUUACGACAAAAACAGAAUUGACAAAACUAGCAACAGGGGAAGACAAAUUAACAAAAACUAUAACUGAAAAUACUAAAUAUCCUUCUGGUAAAGAAACAACGUCAACAAGUGUUUCAGAAACAAUAAAAUCUGUUAUAACUGAAAGGGAAACUAAUUUAUCAGAAGCUGCUAAACACGUGGGUGAAUCACUAUAUGAUAAACAAGAUAAAUCAACUUCGACGAAAACUGAAAUACGAUAUGGACCUGAUGGUGAAGAGAUAAUUACUACUACCGUGACAGAAGUAGCUACAACUGCGGAUGGUGAUGAAAUGACUAGAAUUACUGUUACCGAAAAAACAAAAUAUGCUUCUGGUCGCGAAACUGUGUCUACAAAUGUAUCGGAAUCUAUAAAAUCAUAUCGCCAUGAAAAGAUUGUUUCAAAAGAUGAUAAAAAGGAUGAAACUGAACAUGACACAGAUAAACUGAAGCUUGAUAAACAAUUAACGAUCGAUGAUGAAAGUUGUACAACUGAUGUUGAGACAAAAACUGGUGUUGCAGGUGAACUUAUAACAAUCACUACUAAAACUAAUAACAUCAAAACUCCAUCAGGAGAUGAGAUAGUUCGGACUACAAUUACUGAAGUAACGAAAUAUCCAUCAGGCAAAGAAACAACCUCAACAAAAGUAUUUGAAUCGAUUAAAUCCCAUAAAGAAACAGUUAUUUCCAGUGCUCGUUCAGAACAACUAAUGAGUGCUGACGAAAAAUGUGAAAUUAAAGAAACUGAACCAGGCAAAGAAGAAGAUAAAUCAACGUCGACAAGAAUUGAUACAAAAGUUGGUGAUGCUGGAGAGGAAAUAACAAUAGCUACAGUUACAGAAAUACUUAAGACGCCUUCUGGUGAGGAGAUAGAAAAGAUCACAACAACGGAAACAAUAAAAUAUCCUGAUGGUAAACAAUCUAUAUCUACAAAAGUUUCAGAGCGCAUGCGCUCCUCUGUUUCAAGGGAAAUUACGGUCUCAUCUAAAUCUCGAAAAAUCGUGGAUGAAAACGAUUUGAAAAAUUAUCAUACAGUAGAUGAAUUAAUAAGUAUUCCGGAUAGUUCUAAAAAGGAAAUGAAAUCUGAUCCCGUACACGAAAAAAUAAAAACACAUCAACCACUAACAAGUGAAUCUAAAUUUGACAUAACCAAAAUAAGAACUGAUACUCUUAGUAAACUUGAAAUUGCCGAAGUGAUGGGAGAUACAAAAAAAUCUAUUCCAAAAGAUUUGCCCAUAACAGAUACCCAAGAAAUAACAAAAGAGCAAAUUAAGCCUGUCAUUGAUGAUAUAUUACAAAAGGGAUCUAUUGUAGCAGCAACUCGUAGUCCAACAGUUGAAAAAGAAUUUAAAAGUAAAGAAACAAUGGAAACUGAAAAAAGAACUUAUGACGCUAAAGUUCCCCAUAAAGAGGAACGAAGACAUUCUUGUAUAAGUCCAGCCAUAUCACUUGAAAGAAUUGCUGAAUCUGAAAUUGAAGGUGAAGAAGAUAUAAUAAAACCAAAAAGAACAAUUAAAUUCGUCGAAAGUGAAACUAAAUCUGAAUUAAAGAAAUCCGAUUCUGCAAUGAAACAGAUGGCGGAUAAUAUUGAAAUUAUUAUCAAACAAGCAUCUGAAGAAGUAGAUAUUUCUUCCGAAGAACCCGUGCAUGAUAAAGAGGUUGAAAAAGAAAUCACAGAAGAUGACAAAAUUUAUGAAACAGAAAUCAGAAAAACUAAAGAAAAAGAAAUUGAUGAAAUUAAAAAAGAAUUCGCAGUCGAGGAAAGUAAAAUACAAAAAGAAAGACCUGCUCUAAUGAAAAGUUUAUCUAGAGAUAGCGGAGAAAUUAUCAUCUUACCAAAGAAAAAGCACACAAGAACUUUUUCAGUUCAAAGUUCUCCUGAUGAAAUAGAAGAACAGAUUUAUACAGAUUCUGAAUCAGAUAUGGACAAGGCAAAGGUAUUAGAAAUAAUAGAGCCUACAUCAGAUGCAGAAGGAAAAAUGAUAGCUACAAGUUUUGACACAAAAAGAAUUCGUACCGAUUCUUUAGAUGAUGCAGAUGAUUUCCCGGAAAAAGAGGUUGAUUUUUUUGAAGAAGACAAACUAGUGACACAUGAUGUUACUUCAGAUGAAGUAAGCACAGAGCGACAGUCUAGGUCUAGCAGUACUUUGCAAAAAGAUCAAGUUUUUGAUAAAACGUCUCAAAAAUUUGGUAAAAAAACUCACUAUGUCGAUAGCAUUUUACGUUCAGAUCUAAUUUCAAAGUCUACAACGGAAUCAUCUGUAACUACAGUUGUUUCAACAUUAACCAAAUCUUCCGAUGAAGAUCAAAGGUCUGUAAUAGAAGAAGGUACGUCAGCAGAUUUUUCUAAAUUAAGUGGAGCAGAUUUGAUGAAAGAUUCAUCGAAAACGUCAGCUGACCAUAAGGAUGAGUACAAGGCGGAGGAACAAUUUGAAGAUCGUGCAACGCCUGAUUUAUCAAAAAAAUCUCUUGACUUGACAAAAGACUAUUCAAAAUCUUCAAUCGAUAGUAAGGAUACAUCUAGAGACUUCGCUACUAAUGAAUUAUCAAAGGAUUCAACUGUAGACUUAACAAAAGAUUUCUCUAAAGUAUCAAUAGAUAGUGUAAAAGAAACUUCACGGUCAAUAGAUGAAAAAACAUUCUCAGAAGAUCAUUCAUCAAUGGAUGUUUCAAAAACUUUAGCAUCUGAUGCAUCAGAUGGAAUAACUCUCAGUAAAGAAUUCAUUGAAGAAGAAAGAUCGACAUCCAAAAUUGUGCAAAUAGCAUCUAGUUCUUCACAUGAAACUUCAAUUAUGACUGAAAGUAAGUUGUUGAGUGAAUAUGAAGAGAAAGUACAAGAUAAAUCAAGGCUAGUUGAUAGUAUUGAACAAAGUGCAGAUCUAAACUCAGAAAAAAAAUAUGAAAGCAAACAAGCUGCUGCUGAAGACAUAAAAGAAGGAGAAACAGUAGCAAAGCCUGAUGAGGAGGAAUCUGAAAUCAGGGACAUGAAAGAAUUGAAUAGAAGGUGCUCAAACCUUCUAGAAGAUAUAUCAUCACAAGGGGCACUUAUAAGGAUUGAUUCCAGCCAUAUCACACAUGAUUUAGCGUCCAAACUUUCUAAAACACCCCCGCCUUCCCCGGUUGAUUUAACUAUGAGAGAUAAAGCAAGAGCUGGUGAAAGUGUAGUUGACAAGCAAUCCGGGCUACAACUUACAGGUUCCGAUACAGUAUAUCUGGAUGCAAGUAGACAAUCGCCCAGAGCAUCAUCUGGAGGAGAUAGUCAAAUCAGCGAGACGGACGCCCAUCAAAGCGAUAUUUUAACAGAAUCAUCUAAGGUACUAAGCGCUGCUGCCAUACCAACAUCACCUUCAAAACACCUAGCUGACAAUUUGGCAUUUGUUAAUGUCGACAAACCUACUAUAACAAGUGGUGCUAUGGAAUUAGUUGAUCGUACGAUAGAGAAAAGUAUUGAUGUUAUCGAUCAAAUUAAAAAGGAACAACUUGCCGUCAAAAUGGAGGAAAUGCAGAGAUCUACCUCUUCUGAUACUUUCUAUUCAGAAUCGAGAGUAGAGACGUCUACUUCAUCAUCUUCUAUUCAUAAAACGGUAGAAGGGUCACAAUUAAAAUUUCAAAGUAUAGAUCCUGAUGCGGUUAUGUCAGAUAUGAUAGCAAAAUUUGGAACAACCAGUGAAUUUAGUACUGUUGUUUCACAUAAAGAGACCGAGACAAAAAAAAUAUCGGGACAAGAGUUUUUCUCUGAAACAAAGCAAGUGUCUUCGUCUGAUGAUGACUCACUUGUAAUAAAAACACAAACUAGUCAUGAGCUAAGAGGACAAGAGCAUGAAAUUAAAGAAAAAACUGUUAUUCGAAAAGAUGGAGAACAAACUGAAACGUCUCAAAAGAAAAUGGAAAGAGCCCAUGUAGCAUCUGCUAAGAGAUCGGAUGUGGAAACAAAAACAGUCUUUAAAAGUACUGAUGACACGGAUAUAGUAAAAGUUGAGAGAGAAUUUUCUGAGCAAGGUUUAUAUACUGGAAGACAAACUAAGUCAGAAGAACGCAUGACUGCCUUAAAAGACGAAACAGUGAAGAAAAAAUCUGAAGUGAAAAUUUCGGAAAGAGACUUAUCACAUGAGCAAUGGGGUAAAGAAUAUUUUACUCAACCAGGCGAAUUAGAAGACAUACAUGAAGUGGAAGACACAAAAACCAAGGUUGCUUUCGUGGAUUCAACAUUAAAAAUCGUUGAAAAGGACGAAGUAGUCUCUAGUUUCGAAGUUUCUGAAAAGGGCAAAAUAAUUAGUUCUAAAGUAGAACAUCACAAAGAAGAAUCUGUUAUCGAAAGUAAAGAACACGAUGACUUGAGUUCAGAGGCAUCACAUGCACCAAGUUUCAAAAGUGAAUCUGGUGAAAGACGUGGAUCCACCGAAAGUAGUCCAAAAAGUAAAUCUAAGUCAUUUAAGAAAGAUGACGAAAUUUAUGAGGUGGACUUUAUCAAAGAAAUAAAAGUUUCCACGUCCCCGAUUAAAAGCACUUUUAGCCGGACUGGCAGUCAGGAUACACAUUCUGAGUCUGAAGUUGCCCCUGAACUGCCCCAUGAUGCCGAUACUCCAAAAAAAGAAAAAAUAACUAAAUCUCCUGUGAAAAUUCCCCAGCAACAAUUAGAAGAUCAAGUUUUAGAAUUAUCCAUACAACAAAAAACAGAAUCACCAUUAAAAUCUAGUAUAAUAGAAGCAACAGCAACUAAGAGUUCCGAUGGUGAUACUAUUUUAGAAAUAAAGCCCGUGUGUGAUCUUAAGACUGAUAUUACUACUAAGCCUACUAAGACUGAUAUAUCUCCCGGUCCAAUAGAAAUUUCUGAAGAAAUGAGCAGCUCGAAAGACAUUAUGAUUAAAUCUGCCGAUAGCGUAGACACGGAAUGUAUGAUAAAAUCCUUAGAAUCUCACGAAGCCGAGAUAUUACAAAAAUCCAUGGACUCUACAGUGAGUGCGGAAACUCUACAUCCAUCGGAAUUUUCAACAGAAGCAGACUCGGCUUUUCUUACUGGAACAGAUCAUAAGAAAGAAGAAAUGAGGCUUAUCAAAGAAAAAAGCUUGGAAGAUAUUUGUAGCAGUGGUUAUGAUACAGAUCUCUCAUCUGCUGAAUUUCAUGCAGCAAAACAAGAAAUGGAAAAGGUUGAUUUAGAUUCAGUUACCGUUCCACCUUUAACUGAUCUAUCAGUUUUAGAAAAAACUAUCGACGAAGUUAAGCAAUCAAUUGAAGCUGCACAAGUUGAAAUUAUAAGUGAAAAAAGCGAUGGUAGUAUAAAAUAUAAACAGUCGCCAUCGGAAUUUCAAUUCAAAAUACUUAUAAGCCCUGAUAGACCCGAAGUCAUUACUGAGGAGCCUCAGUCUGUAGACGAUGCAACUAAAAGUGCAUUAAUACAAGAAAAAGAUGAAAAAAGCCAAAUAUCUGAUAGCACAUCUCAUAAAAUAAGCUCUCAAGAAGAAACCACUAUAUCUGAUACAGAUAAUAAGGAAACUGUUCAAAUAAAAGAGUCAAGCCCACCCUUAGAUGCAGAUAUAUCAAUUAAAUCAGACAGUGGGCCCCACUCUAUUUUAGAAACUGAAAGUGAUAUAAUAUCUGAUAGAGACUUAUCUUCAAAGGGUAGUCCAGAAGUUAAAUUAAGAGUCCAAAAACACAUUAAAUCUAAAUUAGGUGUUGCUGAUAGACGUUCAGCUUCAGAAAUUGAAGGUUGGUCAAGUUCCGGAGAAAGCCACUACCACAGUUUUGAACAUUCAGAAAGUAGACCGCUAUCAUCAGAUGUUGAAGUAAUGAUGACUGCGCAAAGUGCGACAGAAUUCGAAACAGCUUUAACAAGCCAUGACGUAUCGUCACAAUCUCUUAGAACUUCAAAAGAUUAUUACACAGCGUGCAGUUCUCUUGCAUCGAGAGAUAGUAUGAGAAGCCUGGAUUCAGAUGGUUCAAGUCAUGUGGCUAGUAUUGAUAUUUCCGAUGCGUCGGAAACCCUAGUACCUUCAGCGCACGAACUCAAAGAAGAGCUAAUGGAAAGCAGUACAUAUGUUGAACAAUUUCUUCAUGAAUCCGAGAAGGAUCUUACCAAGAAAACGAGUGAUGAAGAAGUAUCUGGAGAAGAAGAAGAUUACAAAAGUGACACUGUUGAACCAGUUGGCAAGAUGAAAAGAUCACAUGAAAUGAGAUUUCAACCAAAAGACAUGAUACCGGAACAUUUUCCGCUAGAAACCACAUCAGAAAGUACUGAAUUUGAUGAAGAUUCACUAAAAGAUAAAGAAGGAUCUGAUACAACAAUUUCUAGUCAGCUUAAGACCGACGAAAUUUUAUCAUCGUCAAUUUCAAAACUUGACAUGUCAUCGUCGCAAUCACAGCUUGAUUUGGAUAAAGAAGAAGUUCAAGAAUCAAUUUCAAAAGUUUCAUCACAUUCAGAACAGGCCAUACCUUUCUCAGUAACAAAAAUAGAGAGGACAGAAAGACAAUUCGUUGAUAUUGAAAGUGAAAUUAUACCUGUCGGUUCAGCUGCAUAUCAAGAAAUUGAACAAUUUGGCAGUAUAGUGACUGAAUCCACUACAAAAUCUUCUAAAGAAGAAACAGCGAUUGAGAAAACCACUAUUCCUGAGGAAACAAGUAUACCUAAAGUCAAAUCUGAUGUUAUACAAUCCGUUGAAAUAAAAGAGCAAUGUAUUAAAAAAACUGUGCAAGAUAUAAGUGUAGUGCCGUUUCCAGUAACGGAAAAACCCCCAAGUCAAAGAGAAUUUGUUGAUGUUGAAGAAGAAAUUAUACCUGUCGGUUCAAAACAAUAUGAAGAAAUUUUGAAGUCUAAAAGUGAUUCAUCUGUUCCUAAAACUAGUGCUGAGAAAGCAACUGUUAUAUCAGAAGAAUCGAAAGCAUUAGAGAGCAAACAAAGCUCGGCUUCAAGUUUAAAAACUCACGAGUAUAUUUCAACACCACAUACACCCCUUUCCGCGCCUAGUCAAAGCUCUCUUUCUACGGAUAACGGUCGCGAAUACAUUCUAGAUGAUAUUUAUGAUAUAUCUGAAACACCCGAACUCAAAUCCGACUUAAUCACUGAAAGUAGUAAGUCAGAACUCUUAGUAACAACAGAUGAAAGGACCUUGCGUAAUUAUGAAAAGGAACAAGAUUCACCAACAAGUGAUGAAUUUGAAAUGGUAGACAAACCAAGUGAAAUGGAUGAUUUUGUUGUGAUUGAGGAGGUAGCGAAAGAAGCCCAAGAAAGUGAUCCUGAAGGUAAAAGCUUGCAAAUAAAGUCAUAUAAAUAUGUGGCACGCCAUGAUACUGAAGUAGAAGAAUACUUAUCCAAAACAUCGAAAAAACAAGAAAGUGCAAGCAGUACUUCUGGGUCAUCUGACGAUGAUAUGCAAUAUGAAAUGGAACAAAGAAGAUUACAAGCACAGGAAUUAGCCGAAAUUGAAGCUGGCAAACGCUGGAUUCAAAUGCAAUUUGAAGGAGAUCCUCGGUAUGAUUAUGAAAGAAUUCCACUGGAAGAUAUCAAAGAAGAAGAAAUGACAGAUUUUGAUGCUAGUCGCAUUGGCAGUCUAAGCUCUCAAAAAGAAUCCAUUGGAAGCUAUGGUAGUUUUAGAAAUUCGUAUGGAAGUUUAUCAGAAUCAGAAAUGGCUUCUCGUAUGAGAUUUAGAAUCAAAGGAGAAAAUGAUGAUAUUUCUAUUAGUUCACUACAAGAAUUUGAAAAUCUUGAAAGGGCAUUAAUGGAACAAUAUCAACAAAAUUCCUCAUCUUCGCAAGAUUCCCUCAAUGGCUCUUUACCUCGUCGUUAUAUAUUAAGCAAAAGCCAAGGCGAAGAAAUAGAAAUUUCAAGUCUUAAAGAAUUUGAAGGACUGGAAUCAGCCUGUCUUGAAGCACUCAAAGCUGAACUUCUUGCGAAACAAAAAGAGGCUUUAUUAUUAGCCGAUCCUAAAGUUGUAAGUGGCAGUUUCCUAGAACAAGAAAAACGUUCAUAUGAUAGUAGCUCCGAUAGCAGCCCACCUAUGAAAAGCGGUAGCCCAGGUCAAAAAUCUGGAAGUCCAUCCCAGAAAAGUGGUAGCCCUUCGCAGAAAGGUGGAGGCAGUCCAUCUCAAAGAGUUGGGAGCUAUGGUAGUCCUUCCCAAAAAUUACUGGCUGAUUCGGCUGCAAUAAGAAAACUAAUUGACCAACAGUUAGCUUUAGAACAACGUAUGCAGGAGGCGCGACCAAAAAUAGUUACUGUUAAGAAAUAUGAUGACAAAGGAGCUUUCUUUGUGCCCGUACCAGAACCCGAAUCUUCAGAACCAAAAUCUAGUGAAGUAGUAGAAGAAUGUACUAAAUCUUCAUCCUUUGUGUGUGCAUCUGCACCUAGCGAUGGCUCUGCUGAGUCAAUCCCUGGAGAUUGCGAAGAAAUGAUGAAAAUAUUAGAUCAAGAAGAAAAAUCGAAAGAUAAAUCUAAAGUAACAAAAUUACCGGAAGGUGGGGUUAUAGAAGUUGUAAGAACCACAACUGUAAUACAACAACGGUUUGUCGAUGGCAAAAAAGUAUCUGAGAAAGUAACUGGGCCAGAGGGCGAAGGUGCAGUUGAUAUUCCAGCUCGGGCAGUGCAAUAUGAUGAAAGUCGUAUGUCGUUGGGCUCAGAAAUGUCUUCAUCAUUAGCAUCCCAACCAUCUGAAAUGGAUAGUCUAAUGACUGUAGUUGAAAGACAAACUACUGAGGGUGAAAUAAUAACUUACUCAAGGCAGACUAUCUCAGUGUCUGCGGACAGGCCAGAUGAUUUAGAUUUUUCUAGAGAGGGAAGCGCAAUACGUGAGCUAUCGCCCUCCUCAGGGAGGUCUAUAGCUCACAGUAUUGUGUCUGGGAAACAAUUCACAGAUCCAGCGAGCGGCUCUUGGAGUGCACAGGAUGAAGAACUCAGUUCUUCUGGAAGUUUUAGCAGGGCUCGCGCAGACUUGAUGCUUGGCAGCACGGAUAGCUUGGAAGCAACGAGUUCCAAUGCUACGAGAGCCACUUAUAAUUACGAAGUGGAUACGCCGAUGACAGGGAGCCUUACAUCUGGAGCGGUACCACCUCCAGGGUCGAACACUAUGGUCUCCUCCCUCGACACCCUGGACCCAGUUACGGCUGUCCAAAUGGAGAGCCUUGAACAUCAAUCCACCAGCGAUCAUUACUCUCAAUUCGAAGUCCAUGAACCUGACUCUGAUACUGAAAGACUGGAACUAGACGGACGUGUCCCAAAAACUAAAGAGCGUACAAUAAUGUUCGACAGCACGGACACGCUUAGCGCUGUCAGUGGCGACAACUCAGUGAAAGAAGCUACCAUUGAAGCACCAGCGGCUACAUUCUAUAUUGGAGAUACACCUAUCGUGAGAGGCGAUCGUCACGAGGAUGAAAACCAACCUACCACUCUGUCUGGUAGCUGUCCGGCUUCGUUACCACCGACCACUCAAGCGUCCCCGCCCAUUCCUGCUCAAAGAAGCUGCUAUUGUUUAAGUCACACCCAAGACAAGACCGAAAAAUAGAUCGUUAACAAUGCUGGCAAAAUCACCGCACUCGAGUUUAGAAGACACUGUCAAGAAAUAAAUUUUUACUUUCUUUAUACCGUUGUCUUUAUUUAAAGGAAGUCAAAAUUUAUUCUUAAAUAUGGAAUAUGUAUCAUCAUAUAAGUAAACAAUCACAAUGUAUCACUUCGGCAUUAAUGCUUAAAAUAUUGUUCUUAACGGUUUUAUCAAAUUAUUUAUUAUCUUUUUAAUUAACGAAAUGAUGAAAUAUUUUUUUAUUUAAAUUUGUAAUUGAUAAAAUUGAGAUGAAUUGGACGAGAAAUGAACUAUAUCAAAUAGGAUAUUGAUUAAGUAUUUUACUAUUUUUAAUGCAAGCUUUUGCCAUGAUAUUACUACACUAAAGGACUUACUCUUUUGCGACAAUCCGUCAAUGAGACUAUAAUCAAAUUCAAUCAUGAAUUUGACCUACUAUUUUAAUGUGUAAUCAAUACAAUGUUAUUACACCCAAGUUUUGAACCCAGUAUUUAGCCAUAUUAGUAGAUGUUCGACGUGUAUUUCGUGAAAUGUACUAGACUAAUAUUUUGGUACUUACUUUUGUACUGUCGUUGGCCGACUGUCCAUGUAACUUCGACCUAAGUCUAGUGGUCAACAAUGACGUUUUAGUGUGAUUUGUGCACUUUUUGUAAACAUCUAUACAUUCUUAUUGUUUUAUGUAUGUUCUGUUGUGUAUAUAUUUCUUUAUUUAUACUCAUCUAUUUAUUUAAUUAUCACGAGCAAUGAUUCUUCUGUUAUUUAUUGUUCUCUUUAACUUUUAUUUGUACAUUUGUUAUGUUUUAUCGGGUUUGAGUAAUGGCGUCGUCACAAAACGUCAUAUGCCCUAGACUUUAUAGAUAGCUUAGUUCUAGUCUUCAAAUAUCGCUUACUAAUAUAGAACAAUUAAAUAACAUGUAAGCAAAGUCAGAUUUUGAUAGAUAUUUUGACUACUGGAUUGUAACUUCCUGCAUAAUCUGUCCUAUUUGCGGAUUGCUGUUGGAUAAUUAAUACGUUUCUAAUCGUGCACAAUUUCUCAUAAGUAGUUAGAUAGAGGUACAAAAUUUAGGUUAAGAUAUGUUUUGUACGGCCGACUUGCUUUAUUAUGGCUAGUUCAUUUGUACAAUUUUGUUGUAAUAAGAUUAUUAUUUACAUAGACAAAGUCUCAUAGUUUUAAUUUGUCUUCUCAUAAUACUUGUUGGAAUUUUAGGUAUUUGAUGUUUUCGGUGUCGAGUGCUUAAAUCGCAUAAGCACUAACUGAGUUUCUUAAAAUUGUUGCCAUUGGAGAAAUUGUUAAAGUUGGUCGUUAUGUAACACGGCUUGCUCACUUCCAGUUUUAUAAAAAAUGGCAUAGAUUAAAGAAUGUUCUAGAAAAAGAAUUGUUCUUAUACAAGAGACUGAUUGAACAUCUAGGGGUGUGUAUCGAUGGACCUGCUUAGCGCUUAGGUGCGAAGCAAACGUUUCAUAUCGAUAAGGUUAAGCUCAUCGCUGCAGCAUUAGGGACAAGAGAAUUCUGUCACUGGUAUGGUUUAAAAGCGGCCGUAUUUACAUGCAUACAAGAUUGAGAAUACAUUGCAGAGCUAACAGAACUUACGCUAUUUUAAAUGUAUGAAAAAUAUUAUCCUAAUGAUACAUCACUCAAAACAGUUUUUCCGUUGUCCAAAUGGAUUCGAUUACUGUGUGAAUAAAUUUUCUUGUUCAUAAUGCUCAAAAAUUAGCUAUUUAUAAAUAUUAUAUAGUAAAUUAUGUUAAAAGUAUGUGUGCUUAAGUCAAUGUUAAUUAAGCUAGCGCCGAGUUAGGGCGCUGUCGUAUUAAGUUUAUAUAUAAUUUGCUAUGUUAGAUUGUUUUACGUUGUAUUUGUAAUGCUGAAUAUUCUAUCAAUAAAUAAUAUUAUUGAAUAUUGAAAUAAAAUGCUAU